CUGGCGGAGCCGGGCUGGUAUAUCUCUGCCCAGCAGCCCGAGGAGACGGCGGCGGAAGAGUGGAGCCCGUUGCUAAGCAACUUCUCUCCACUAGUCUUAUGAGAUCUUUGCAAGAAUCACGAGAUGUUUCUUUUCUGCACUUAAUCAUGGGAUAGGGGAAGGGAACUUCAUGGACAGGGAUCCCCAGGAGUUUCAUUUGGCUUCUCUGUCUUUAAUUUGAUGAACGCCAUCAUGGGAAGUGGGAUCCUUGGCUUAGCUUAUGUGAUGGCUAACACUGGCAUCCUUGGAUUUAGCUUCCUGCUGCUCUUAGUUGCUUUCCUGGCUUCUUAUUCAGUUCAUCUCCUGCUUAGUAUGUGCAUUCAGACAGCUGUGACAUCUUAUGAAGACCUUGGACUCUUUGCCUUUGGAUUACCUGGAAAGGUGGUGGUGGCAGGCACCAUAAUAAUUCAGAAUAUUGGAGCUAUGUCAUCCUAUCUUCUAAUUAUUAAAACAGAGCUCCCUGCUGCUAUUUCAGAGCUUUUGCCUGGAGACUACAGUGGGUCUUGGUAUCUUGAUGGACAGACACUACUAAUCAUCAUUUGUGUUGGCAUUGUGCUCCCUCUUGCACUUCUUCCCAAAAUAGGCUUUCUUGGCUACACAAGUAGUUUAUCAUUUUUCUUUAUGGUGUUCUUUGCUCUUGUGGUAAUAGUUAAAAAAUGGUCCCUUCCUUGUCCUCUGACCUUAAAUUACAUAGAGAAAUUCUUCCAGAUUUCAAAUGCUACAGAUGAUUGUAAACCAAAGCUCUUUCAUUUCUCCAAAGAGAGUGUUUAUGCCAUUCCAACCAUGGCCUUUUCAUUUCUCUGCCAUACCUCAAUAUUGCCCAUAUACUGUGAACUUCAAAGCCCCUCAAAGACAAGAAUGCAGAAUGUAACCAAUACAGCAGUUGCUUUAAGUUUCCUCAUUUACUUUAUAUCUGCACUCUUUGGAUACCUCACUUUUUAUGACAAAGUGGAGUCAGAAUUACUACACAGUUAUAGUAAAUAUUUGCCACAAGAUGUUGUUGUCAUGACUGUGAAGUUAUGCAUACUGUUUGCUGUGCUUUUGACAGUGCCUCUAAUCCACUUCCCUGCCAGAAAAGCAUUAAUGAUGAUACUUUUCUCCAAUUUUCCAUUUUCAUGGAUUCGCCAUUCUCUGACCACACUAGCACUCAAUAUUAUCAUUGUUUUACUUGCAAUAUAUGUUCCUGACAUUAGAAAUGUAUUUGGUAUAGUUGGUGCCACUACAUCAGCGUGCCUGAUUUUUGUAUUCCCAGGACUAUUUUAUCUUAAACUUAGCAGAGAGGAUUUUCUCUCAUGGAAAAAGCUUGGGGCUUUUAUUUUGCUCAUCACUGGAAUUUUUGUUGGGAAUUUCAGUUUAGCACUCAUUAUUUUUGAUUGGAGUCACAAAUGAAAGAAACAGUUUUCCUUUUCUUGUUAAGAACAAUUUAACUCCAUAAGCAGGAAGGAAUCAUUCUGGAAGGCACUUUAUAUGAAAAAUGCAUUUUUAUGGCAAUUAUUAACAGAAAAA